AUGUAUCGUUGGCAGAUAUUAGCGCUACUGCUGUUGUCUAUCGGCAGUGUCAUUAGUAUGACGCUGGGCAGUGUGUUUCAGGUGUUUUCUGUACCCUUGGAAACGGUGGACGUCGGUGGUUACUGUGAUCGAUUAGAGAACCAGCUGGAGGAGUCCAAUACUUCGAUCAUUGUGCUACAAAUUGGACGCCCGAGUAAAGCAUACGAAGUGAUAUCAGGAAGCAGAAAUGUAACCAAGGCCUCUAACAGUGAGUUCCUGGACCAUGAUGACGAUACCGGGGAGGAUUCCAAAGCAAAGGAUCUUAUUGUGAAGCAAAUUCACGACAGUGUUAUCGCCGUAAAAAGACAUCGCAUCGUGGAGUACAUAACCCUUCUCACGGCGGACGGUGAAUAUCUGUUGACCCUUGAACGAACCGGUGACUUCGAAGAACCGAUUAUUCUCGAACCAAAGUUUGGUGGACUUAGUGCGAAGGAGAAGCUUCUACUUUCGCUCGUCGGCGGUGGUAGCGGUGGCCGUAUUAAGAGUUUGGAGCGGGUAAAAAAAUCCUAGCCCUCUUCACGUGCGCAUCAAAGAUGGUUGGCAUCAGAGCGUCCGCGUCCCAAUCGCACCACCGGCACCUGCUCCGCACCCGAAGCUAUCGGUGUAUCCGGAACCCAGGUCUAAUCUUCAUCUAAUCCCGUCCGACCAAACACCCCCACCGAAAGACAAACAAAUCCAAUUAUAAUUUAUUACAAGAAGCGAUAACAUAUAGCCGGUACACUUGCCCGAGAUGGUGCGUGGGGCAAGAAGAAGGCUUAAAUCGUCACAUCGGGACUGGGGAUGGGCUCUACUCAAUCUAACCCCAGCGUUCACCACCCAUUCAGCGUCGGUUAACUGCGAAUAAAUAUUAGCCUCUCGCUGAACCAACCUCACCUGCACACGCAGGUCCGAAGCGUACCAAAAAGUCUCAACAUUGAACCGAAAGUAUUGCUUGCCCAGGCUUUUUAACCUUUAUCAUUCACGGCCGAGCGUCUCCAACGCCUCCCA